AUGCAGGAAGCAAACUGGCAAGUUAAGAAAAAAAAUACAAAGUUUUCGAAGAGUUCUUUUUUCAAAAACUAUAACUAUACGAGCGAUUCACGCUCGCUCCACCCGAGUUCGGACACCCCGACAUCGCGGCACCGCGAUACGCCGACCCUCCGACCCGCCGGCCCUACGAGCGGAGGCCCCCCGAGCGGCGGCCCUCCAAACGGUGGCCCUCCGAGCGGCGACUCUUCGAGCCGCGGCCCUUCGAAUGGAAGCUCUCCUAGCAGCGGCCCUCCGAGCAGUGGUACUCCGAGCGGCGGGCCUCCGAGAGGCGGUCCUCUGACCCGCCGGCCCUCCAACCCUCCGGCCCUA